AAUGACUUAAUAAUAACCCUAGUAUAUAAAAUGUGGCGAGAACAAAUGAUUCGCAGAAGUCUUGGAAGGGUGAUACAAGUGAUACAAGUUUGUAGCGAAAAAUGUUGAGGAUAUCGCUUUUGCUGUUGGUGGCUGUGUGUUCGGUGGCUUUGAGGAAAGUUCACGCCGAGUCAGAUGAAGAUAAGGAGAUCCACGAAGCGCUGAUUCCCGUCAUCGCGGAGUGCAGCAAGGAGCAUGGAGCUAAUGUGGCGGAAGUUAUGGCCACCAAGAAGAACAAGGAUUACGAGGCCAUCGACGGGUGCCUUAUCGAGUGCAUGUACAAGAAGAUGGGCAUGAUGGAUGACGACGGAUCGUUUGUCGUGGACAAAUUGGUAGAGACCGCUAAAAAAUUCAUGAAGGAAGCUGAAACUGAAAAAAUUGAGGAAGUCAUUAAACAUUGUUCUGAAGAGAGUGAGAAAAACCCCGAAGAUAAGUGUGGGAAAUCCAAAAUGCUGCUAGCUUGUAUGAUAGAGCAAAAAGAAGCGGUAAUUCUAUGAGAAUAUUUAGACAAUUAAAAUAUAUAUUGGUAGAUUUUAUAGUACAUACGAAUAAACGUCGGACAUAAUGCCGAAGGCAAACUAUUAGUCAACUCCAUCAAGCUUUGCAAAAUCGUCAUCUUCUUUCCGCUUGUCUUGGCUUUUUGCCACGGCUCGGCACGGCGGCUCGCUCAAGCUGUCUGAAGGUAACCAGGGAAUGCUAUCAGGUUUUUAAUUGUAUGAAAAAACCGAUUAAUAACCGGUUAUUAACCGAAAUUUCAUACAAAUAAAAACCGGUUUGCAUUCCCUAGCGUUAACCAAAUCCGGUAAAUACCUAUAAUAAUCGGUGCAGAUGCGCAUGUGUUUUUUUAGUAUACCGGCUAACUUGUUUACACACCGUGGGCUCGAAUAACCCGACAGAUUUUAAAGGUGUAUUCUUGACUGCAUUUAGAGACUACCUAUAAUGUCAUACAAAGUUUUUUUGAGAUCGGUUUUGUUUUAGAGAUCUAGUUAAUUACUACACAACUUAACUACAAAUUUUUUUUUUUUGCCAAAUAGACCGACGCGUAAUAAAUUUUUUGCUCCUUAUGAAGUUAUGACUUCAGGAACGCGUUGUUAAAAUCUGUCGGGUUACCCGAGCCCACGGUGUAUCUGUAUAUUAAGGGGCAUUCCACGAGAAUAUCGCUUACGAAAUAAUGCUUUUACCUUUUAAGGCAGCUACCUCAAUGACAUGCAUAAAGCUCUAGAAUAUACUUGCCAAUUUGUUAGUCAAGGCAUGACAUAUAAUCAGACCAAUUAUCGCGUUUUAGCAUUUUCAGAAGUAUUAGAAAAUGCCAUUUCGUAAGCGACAUUUCAAUGAAUGCUUUUACAAUACAUGACCAAAAAGCUGAAAUCUGAGAUAAGUAGGUAAUAAUUUCAACCGAGGCACUAUAAUUUUAAACCACUUUGCCUUAUUAUUUGCCGGAAUACUAUUAUCACUAUCAGUUAUGGACUAAUAUGAUUUAGUUAGUUUAUCUCAUUAAUCUCAUAAUUCUUAUUCACUGAAUUUUAUAUUUUCAGUUACACUUGUAAUGUUGUCCCAGCGACCCGUCAAACAAGAAGAAUAAACUAACAAUGACCUAACCCGCUCUGUUAAAAGUUAUAUUUUAAGUUACAUUUUAUUAUUUUUAUGAAAAACUAAUAUAUUAUAAAAUAAUAACAAUAAUAAAUAUAUUUUUAUUGCAAA